AUGGCCGAUGCUGAUCAGUUAUUUGCGGCAUCAUGGUUUACACACUACCAAGCCUUCUGUGCUGCUGCUGUGCUGUACACGCUCACACUCAGGAACAGUUUUCAGGAUUCGUCUGUGUGGUCUAAGUACUUCCAGGCUGCUGAGAAAUGCCAGGGCACGAUCGCAGCAAUCGAGUCAGAGGACUCUUUUGCACGACGAUUUUUGCUCAUCAUGGAAGAAUACCGUUUAGAGGUAGUUCAAAAGGUUCAGCGGGACUCGGAUGGUCUGGCUCUCUCGUCAGAACUCCUGUUACUUGAUGGCAACUCAGUCGAAAAUAAUGGUCUAAUGGAAGGUGGGAGAGCCAUGGAUAAUGUCGCUUUCCUCAUGGAUCUUCCUAAUUGGGAACAAUUGGAUUCCCUGCACGAAAGAUUCGAGGCUGACGUUGUGCUGUGGGCUCUGGAUAUAAGUGACCUUGUCCCUGGCAUGGAAAUGGCCAUGGAACCAGAAGAGUGA